GACCAAAUUCUAAGCCAAUACCGAGAAGUUGUAGCAUUUUUACUAAUAACUACUUGCGGUGUAGUUAUUAGGGUUAAUUUUCAUUUGCAUUUUGUGGCUUGGAAACUAUCCAUAUUUCUAGGGAUCGGUGUAAAGACUUCGCAAGUGCAGGAAUCUUGCUGCGAGGAAACUUGGCUCUCACACUCAUUCAAACUAUUCCGACUGGAAAAACUUAUGAGUUAAAAACUUUAUAAGAAAAUAACAUCUUGAUAAAACUUAGGACUAAUAAGACUCAGAUGGAAUAACGACCUCAAAAGUCUGCUUCUUUGCACUAAAGGACUUCAUUUUAUCGAAUUUGUGGAUUUCCAUUUCAUUUUCUUGAAAAAAGCUUGUCAAGAUGUUUUCUCCUCCAGAGAUCCUCAACACUUUGCUGUUUCUAUUCUGUUCUCUAUUUUUGUUGUCCGAAUGUUCAAUUAUAAACGAUCCAAGAUCUACAAUCAUCUGCAUGCCCGGUGAUACAAUACACAAUGUCACCCUAACGCAUGGUAUAAACGCUGGUGUAUUCACCGCUAUCGACUGGGCUAAAACAAUGCCUCAGUGUAUACGAGAAUCCUGCAACCGAAAAGCGGGGCAAAUCGCCUUUUUAGUAGAGAGUAGUUGCUACAUGGUGAGCUGUUUUAGGAAGGAGUAUUGCAAAUCUUUUUCUGAUUCAAUGCCGAACACUCUUCGAGUUGCGGUGACUCCCUACACAUUCUUUGAUGCAGCCCCAGCGUUUCAGCCUCUAGAAAGAACAUUAUACAUUGAUGAAAAUAACAAAGUCGGCAAAAAACUUAUUGAUAUUUUUGCAUAUGCGAAGAGCAGACGGAGUGAUAACGCAACAGUUUUUUUCAAUAUAACAAGAGGAAAUAUUGCAAAUGCGUUUAAGCUCAUCCAACGUCCUGAAAGAGGAGGCGCUUCACUAGUUGCAAACGUCGUCCUCGAUCGUGAAAACGUAUCAUAUUACUAUUUAAUAAUCCAAGCCACCAAUGUCGAUGAACAAAAAAUAAGUACUACAACCUUAAGGGUCGAAGUUCUUGACAUUAAUGACAACGGCCCAAAAUUUCUCAAAUCUCAGUACAGUACGACGAUAAACAGUAACGUAUCUAUUGGUACAGAGGUAUUAAGAGUGUAUGCUGUCGAUCCGGAUACCGGCGAAAAUGCGCAAAUCCGGUACUAUCUCAUCACCUACACCCAACUUUUUCAAAUUCUUCCUGAGACAGGAACGAUCAUAGUAAAGCAACGAAUCCAACUUGAUCGAACGCGGACGUUCACACUGAUUGUUGCCGCCAUUAAUGGAGAACAUCGGGCUGUGGUAUCAGUCAAUGUUCAAGUUGUUGCUUUAAAUGAAUUCAGACCGUUUUUCCAACGUUUGAAUUAUCAGGUGUCAGUUUCAGAAGCCAUAAAAGUUGGGACAUCGUUGAUUAGGAUAUCAGCGACAGAUAGCGACACAGGAUCAUUUUCACAGCUGAAGUACUCUAUCACAAGCGGAAACAAUAAYCUAUUCCGAAUUGACGACAGUGGUGACGUCAGAACAACGAAGUCUUUGCAUAGCAUUGGAGUAAAGAAUUUCACACUUAGGAUCAGUGUGCGUGAUAGUGGAAAUCCUCCUUUGAAAUCGGUACAGUCUGCUAAGCUUGUGGUGCUUGUUACGUCAAUGGAAAGAUACAAGGUGAAGUUCGACGUUCCGCUGUAUACUAUUGCUAUUAUGGAGAACAUUCCAGUAGGUUCUAGUAUUCUCAAUGUGCGUGCAGUAUCAGGAUUGAGUGCAAGCCGUCCUGGUCGGCAAAAAGAGAACCGGAAGGGAAGGAUUGUGUACUCUAUUGAAAAUAAAGAUGGAGCGCCGUUCUUCCGUAUCUCGAAGCAUACGGGGGCCAUAUCCACGAGACGACCAUUUGACUACGAGCUACAAAAAGAAUUCAGAUUGACGGUAAAUGCUAAAGACAUCGAGGCAAGAAGACGUGGACUGCGUGUCCAAAAAGAUCACGCAAUCGUAAGAGUCAAGGUGAUUGACCUGAACGACAACCGUCCAAAGUUUGUCCUUUCAUUCUACCAAGAUAUCAUCAACGAGAACAUGACAGUAGGUUCUUCCAUCCUUCGAGUUACAGCCAACGAUGCUGACAAUGGCAUGAACAAGAAAGUCGAGUAUAUCAUGCAGUCCGGCAAUAUCAACAACACCUUCUCCAUGGACGCUGAUUCUGGAACGUUGAGAUUAAGCCGCUCCUUGGCUCAGGGAACUAUUGAGUUCUACAAUCUAACUGUCUUUGCCAAAGAUAAGGGACGUCCACCUUUAAGUUCGAGUCCAGUUUCGAUUUACAUCAAAGUGAAACGCCACACAUUUGGCCCGACAAUAAGGCCGGAGUUUACAGUGCCAGUCUACCUCGCUAAAGUAAAUGAAAGCUGCCCUGUUCAUACUGAGAUUCUCCGAGUUCGAGCACGAAUGAACUCGGGGCCGGAUAGUGGGAUUAAGUAUUAUGCAACGCAGGUUUCUGGUGGAGAAGCUGACUCGCAUUUUGCGGUAAAUUCAGUAACUGGUGCUAUAACACUUAUACGGAAACUGGAUUAUAAGAAAAAAGAUCGUUAUACGUUUCUGGUUGCAGCGAUUGAUGUAAGCAAGGCUUCUUCGGUGGACAACGUGUUGGUUCGUAUACUCGUAGAAGACGUUAAUAACCAUAAACCCGUCUUCGAUAAACCAGUAUAUAACGUCAUAUACAACAAAGAACCGCAAUUGUUCUCAAGGGUGGUGCAAGUCACGGCUACUGACGAAGACGCGGGUCAAAAUGCUGACUUGACUUACUUUCUUCAUGACAACGCCAAAGACAAAAAAGGAUUCUUUGAAAUUGAGCCAAAGACUGGAAUAAUGAAGAUAAUGCGCAUGCUCCAACGAGAGUCCCUCAGUUUGUUCCGCAUGUCAGUUUCUGUGAUUGACAACGGCACGCCUUCCUUGAGGUCCGACAAAAAUGCAGAAAUAAAUGUCUUGAUUUUCCAACCCUUCAGCACUCCAUUGAUUCUAAUCAAGACUACACAACAAACGAUAACAGUGCAGUUUAACCUGAAAUAUCUGGACCUAACCAACGUGAAAGAAUUUGGAGUCAUUGUUCAAGAGUAUUUGCCAAGUUCAGAUCUAUUCGAGGACUACACCAAGCUGAAACCAACGACAUGGUUUCUCAUUGGAUAUCUCCAAAAGAAAAACCAGAACUUACGCCGUUACAUUUCCAAGAUCGUGCCGAACACACCCGUUAUUACGAAAUUCGGCAUGUUCCAGAUUACUGUUGGCGAUGACAAGGGCUGUAAUUUGCGCAAUGAGAUUUGCAGUGGACCGUUGAAUCCUAGUUCUAAAUACAGAUUUCAGCUGCGAGCCUAUCUUAACGACAGUGGUCCGUUCGCUCAGCACAAGUUUAAAGAUGGCGAUUUUACUGAGGCGUUUUUCACAGGGCUGGGCACCGAAGCCAAAACCUACAGGAAGGAAGGACGUCGCAACUAUGAUGCCGUUGUGUACAGUGUUGGAGCAGCGCUAAUUCUUGUGAUCUUGCUAUCUUUCCUGAGAGGAUUCUAUCGGUUAAAGCUGGAUAGAUUACGAAUCCACGAGGACAAGAAGAAGCAGAUUUCAUUUCCGGUCAGCAACCCUCGCUUCCAGGACCCUGAGUCACCCGUGGAGAAAAUCAGGACACCUGGGCAAGGGAGGAAACUAAUGGCGUCGAUAAAUGCUGAGAAAUCAUUAGAUAUCGGUAGAAGCGAAGAAGACGAUGGUUCUUCACCAGACUCCGCAUUAGACGAAUCAACGCGACCCUUACAGAGACAAAGACCAAGACUCCAAGACAUAAGACUGAAAAGCUACUUUCAUUCGGUGGACACGGAGUCGUGCAACUCCUGCGACGGCGUCAAAGUUUAUUAUGUACAAGAAUCAAAYGCAUAGGAGCCCACAAAGACUUUGUACAGCUGUCUACACUCAAUGACAGGCGUUCUCUUCGACUCCCAUGAGGACUUGCGGGACAAGUAUUUUGAAUGAGGACUACGUGACGUGGUCACGUAGUGUAAAGAUUGGAGCCACUUUUUAUAAAAGAAUUAGAAAGAUUUAAUCCUUGAGUCAUACAAUUUUACUUGACAAAAUUUUGCUUAAUAGUCUUCGUUGAAUGAAAUAGACAUUUUGAUAAAUCAUGUGACAUCAGCCAUUUUGGAAGGCAAUCGUAGCUUUGUCCUCCAAAUGAUAUAGCUGUCUAGAUUUAAUGUUUUAAAGCUCUACAGAACUAAAACGAGCUGUUACUGAGAGAUAACGAGAUAAGUUAAAAAGCAACUAAGUGUUUUGACUUAUCACAAAGCGCGAAUUAUCGCUAGUUCAUUAAUUAUUCUAUAAAUAAUUUAUAAAUAGCAUUCAUCCUUAUUCAAUUAAUCAAGUCGAAAUUGGGCAAUAGAAUAGGGUAUUUUGGAUAUUGUGAUAUAUUGUAAUAUGCGAAUAAUCAACAAAAAGUUUUAAUUUUUUUUAGAAAUUCAGAGUUAAAAUUUGGAACGAAAAAGUUGCAAAACUAUGCUCAGAAUUUUUUGAUGACAAUGAAUAUUAGGUAAUUCCUCUAGUAGAGAGGAAUAUUUUUUUGAGCAAAGAAGAUACGACAAAAUUAAAUCCAAGAUAGGGUCUGUGCCGACAUGCUAAGCUCUAAAAGAGCCAGCUCGUCUGUACUCGUGCGAUUUAUACGUAUAUGCCAAACAUUAUCCAGCAGUUGCGUGCGCAGUUGUGCAAAUAUGGCCGCGUCGUAGAGGCCAUCGUUUAAGGUAGGACAAACCAGCUGCUUGCUCUUUUGUUUGUGCUGUUUCUUGGGGAAGAAAGCUAAAGUAUUUUACCUAGCACUGACCAGAGUCGACGCUCUUCCUUUACGUAAAAGUGGCCUCGGAAGAGACUUGUAUGCUUGUGCUUGAGUGCUUGCAGUGAACAAUGUAAAACGUUUCAUAUAAAAUUAUUCUGAAUGAAAUUGUCUGAUGAAAUCCUUGUAAAUUAAAUAAUCAAAUUUC